UCGUGAGUUGCGCGCUCCUUGUUGUGUGUACCGUGCAUGCACAGUAAUAUCCUUGUCAGUAUAACUACACUUAAUUUCCUUUUUUGCUCAUAGGCAGCUCAUACCCGGUCCUGGUGCUGCGCCUCCUCGGAGAUCGUCUACUCCGAUGCUUCUACAUACUAGGUCCGUGCGCCCCCUUAAAUAAUCUGCACUUCGGGGCUUUUAUAACUUGAACUCUGAGAUGACUCCUACCCAACAACAGCCACCUCCAAUCAUGUCCAACACAAAGUCAGGGAGUGUCAAGAAGCAACUCCAAGAACUUCCUGAAGAUUGGAAACCUCCCUUGGGGUCCCGCGCUCAGCAGACCUUUGCGUUUCUCUGCGCUCUCAUUCUUAACCAGCCUAAUCUCGAGAAAUUAUGGCGCGAGAUGGAAAAGGAAACGGGCUGGCAGAAGUAUAACGAUCACUUGCACCACGAGGCAGUAGGUCUCCAUGUGGGCCAAGCACUGGUUUUUCUUGCGAGCAUGGCGUGCAUCUGGAAUAUACCACACGACGCUCAAAAUUUCGACGCCACUUCUAUCGAGUAUUGUUUUGUGCUGCUACACAUGUCGUCCAUCUUCUCUGUCAUAGGACUACUUUUCCAGGUGUACUUUUUCAGAUCAAACUUGAUGAUACAGCUUUAUGAAAUUGGUAAAAAGGACAAGAAACCGUUUGGGUUGGGGCGUUACGAUGUCUUGUAUCACGUUGGCUUGUUUCGUAUGUCGCAAUUCUGUCUUGCCUACUCUGUGGCAUCUAUCCUGGGCGCUCUUUCCAUCAUCCUUCUGGGGGCUAAUUACAUUAACUCUCUUACAGGAGUUGUGACUCUCGGCAAAUUCUUGGACGAUUUUUUUAUGCAGCGUCGUGUCAGUUUGGUAUGUCUUCUGUCUGCUAGUGUAUGGUUUGGCAUUUUCGCCUAUUCCAAAUUUUUCACAUAAUCGUGAUAUACCUCUGGUGUUUUGCUUUUCUGGUAGAACUCUUGAUAUUUAAUACCUAUGUGCUUGUUUAUCUAAUUUUUCUACACUUUUAAUCGACUUGUGCCGAAC